GCAGUACAAAGUAACUAACUACGUCGACCGUCUCCGAGUGCGGGGGAUCCGAGCCGGAGAGUUCCACGUCUAAAAAGAUCGUCAUUCCUAAUCUCUCACUUUUUUUUAUCUGUUUGGAGACCCAGUCUUGCUGUUACACCGCUCAAUCGCAGUCAAUCCUUUACCGUACCUCCCGUUUCAUCACAAUGUCCGACGAGUCGCCUCCAAGUGGCUUCGUAACGCCAUCCACACCCAGACCCAGCAGCUUUGCGCUCACCGAGUACGUCGCUGCUCGUACGCCGCCCUCUGAGCGCCAGGGGGCCGGAUUGCUUCGGAAAUGGGACAUCCCAGAUGGGUACCUGCUCCCUAAUGGAUAUCCAGAUUACAUGCGAUUGAUCUUGACGUCGCGAGUAUAUGAUAUCAUCAACGAGACACCGCUUCACCACGCCGUCAACCUGAGCAACCGACUGGAAUGCCGAGUUUUGCUUAAACGGGAGGACCUGCUGCCGGUCUUCAGCUUCAAGUUGCGCGGCGCGUACAAUAAAAUGGCUCAUUUGAGGCCAGAUCAACGGUGGAAGGGUGUUGUCGCCUGUUCGGCAGGAAACCAUGCGCAAGGAGUUGCCUAUUCGGCACGAAAGUUGAAGAUCCCCGCUACCAUCGUGAUGCCGUCGGGAACGCCGGCGAUUAAGCAUCGCAACGUGGCGCGGCUGGGCGGCAGUGUCAUUCUGCACGGAAGCGACUUCGAUGCCGCCAAGGAGGAAGCCCACCGGCUGGAGAAGCAACAUGGGCUGACGAGCAUCCCGCCCUUUGACGACCCCUACGUGAUUGCCGGCCAGGGUACCAUCGGCAUGGAGAUCCUGCGGCAGGCCAACCUGGAGAAGCUGGAGGCGGUCUUCUGUGCGGUCGGCGGCGGUGGCUUGAUCGCAGGCAUUGGCGUGUACCUGAAGCGCAUUGCACCGCAGGUCAAGAUCAUCGGCGUCGAGGCGUACGACGCCAACGCCAUGGCCCAGUCGCUUAGCAACGGAUCUCGCGUCCAACUGAAGGAGGUUGGCCUGUUCGCCGACGGCGCGGCGGUCAAGAUCGUCGGCGAGGAGACGUACCGGCUGUGCCAGGAUGUCGUCGACGACAUCAUCCAGGUGUCGACCGACGAGACCUGUGCCGCCAUCAAGGACACCUUCGAGGACACCCGGUCGGUCAUCGAACCGGCCGCCGCGCUGGCCCUGGCGGGUCUAAAGAAAUACGUGCAGCAGAACCCGAGCCCGGACACCAACCGGGAACUGAUUGCCAUCACCUCGGGGGCCAACAUGGACUUUGACCGGCUGCGGUUCGUUGCCGAGCGCGCCGCUCUGGGCGAGCGCAAGGAGGCCCUGCUGAGCGUCAACAUCCCCGAACGGCCGGGCGCCUUCGCCCAGCUGGUCGACUUCGUCCUCCCGCACGCCGUCACCGCGUUCAGCUACCGCUACGCCUGCCCGGAGUCCGCCGACGUGCUCAUGGGUAUCUCGCUGUCGGCGCUGACCGGCCGCGAGGAUCUGGCCAACAUCAUCGCGCAGCUUGCCCGGGCGGGCAUGGCUGCCCAGGACUUGAGCGACGACGAACUCGCCAAGCGGCACCUGCGCUUCCUCGUCGGCGGGCGCAGCUCUGUCAACGACGAGCGUCUCUUCAUGUUCGAAUUCCCCGAACGGCCGGGCGCGCUCGCCAACUUCCUCACCACGCUGCGGCCCAACCAGAACAUCUCCCUCUUCCACUACCGCAACUACGGCGGCGAUGUCGGCAAGGUUCUCGCCGGUAUCCAGUGCCCCGAGGCCGAGAAGCCCGAGCUCGAGGCCUUCCUUCAAGACGUCGGGUAUCCGUUCAAGGAGGAGACCGACUCGGCUACCUACAAGACUUUCCUGCGAGGCUCUCAGGCCUAAGAUUCGGGCCUUGUUCUCGAAGACAGCGGCUGUUCGGAAUGAUUUCGGGAUAUUUGAAAACAAGACAUGGCUCAGCGAUUGACUUUGACGUAUCAGUUUAUAGACCCGGCUCUCUGAUUUAUAUUCUUGCUUACGCUCUGGACAUAUAGAAUAAAACAUAAAUACCUUGAAUAAUAUUUUAUUUUGAAAAA